CGCAUUCACCACACUUUCUGCCCGUCACUAACGAGGCCCGCCACUUCUCAAGAUGAAUGUUUUCAAUACCAUCAGCCGGAAGCUACAGUCUGUUGAUUUUCCUCCACCAUUUUCCUACGCCACUUUCUCUCAUUCGUCUGCUGCUCAUGAACACGACGGGUGGCAUGCGUCUGACUCGGCCGGCGUGCAAGCAAUUAUCGACAAAGCCUGCGUUCUUGCUCUCCAGAAUGGAGUGCAUUUCAUAUGGAUUGACUCACUGUGCAUCGAUCAAGAUUCGAGCGCAGAUGUAUCUGAAGCUAUCAAUUCUAGCUGGAAGUAUUUUCAAUCAGCGGCUCUUUGUAUGGUCUACCUCUUCGAUCUGCCUUGCGGGCCCUCUCAUCUGAGCGAAGAAACGUGGAAACAAUCCCAGUACUGGUCUCGAGUCUGGAGCCUCCAAGUGCUCGUCUUCGCCCCGAGAAUUGUCUUCUAUGAUUCAAGAUGGCACCUCAAAGGAGACACUUCUUCGGACGCAUUCUCGUCCUUGCUGUCACGGGUUACGGGCAUCGAUGCAGAUGUUCUAGCUAAACGUAGCACCCUACACAGCAUUUCGAUUGCACGGAGAAUGUCAUGGGCAGUAGGCAAAAGAUCUUUCCGCGCCGAAGACUUGUCAUACGCUCUUCUUGGCAUCUUCGGCAUUCGCUUGUCGAUUAUCUACGGCGAAGGCGAAGAUGCCGCUUUUCGGCGUCUUCAGGAGGAGAUCCUUAAAACGACCAGCGACACGACUUUGUUCGCAUGGACCAGCUUGGACGAGACCCUGCCACGAGGCAUCUUCGCUAGGUCGGUCGAAGAAUUUAAGUGCUUUGGACAAACAGAGCUUGCCUCUGCUCCAUUCCGUUUGGACGGAUUCGCUGAAUUAACCAGCCGAGGCGUUCUGAUUCAGAGCAAAUGUCUGCAGACGAAUGGGGAUAUCUUUCUCGAUCUAGGGAUGCCACGAAAGGAGAACAGUCAUGCCAAACGAUGCGGUAUCUCAAUACGCAGACGACCAUGCGGGACCUACUUUCGCGUGUCCUCAAGCAUGACCCAGAUGGUACUGACAAACGAAUCUGCCGAAGUCAUGCGGGUCAUAGUCGAAGCAGGAGAUAUCAACACCGUCAAAACCUUCAAUGAUCAAGUACAUGCCACCUUUCAAUGGAGCCUGACAUCUCGCCAAAAGCGGCCCGACAGUAACAACAACAACAAUACCAUAGAGACGAGCAACCUAUGCCAUACGCCAUCGAAUGGCAGCUGCUUCGCCAAUAAUGAAUCAUCGACCUCCUGCCACUCGCUACAGCCACAUCCAAUCAUCGAGAGUCCUUUGCCCGAAGGGAACGAUGCUGAUUGGGUUCAUGUAGGGGAGCCUUGGGCAAAUUCGGGCCGCCUUGGUCCAUCCCAGCAGGGGGCAGACCAAACAUCAGUGGAAGAAAGCGACUCCGACACUUUCAUGUCUUUCAUCCACGAAGAGACCCCCGCAGAGCUAUUGGUCUCUGACGGUGAAAUCUCCGAAGCUUCCAAUGAACCCGUCUCUGGGACCGAAUUUGGCUCUGUCAGGAUGACAAUGGCGACCUCAACGGACAGAAUUGCGACUCGUAACGCAGCACGCAUUGGUGAUGUGACACUUGUCAGGCGUCUAGCCAGGCAGGCUGUUCAAAACUUUCGCAACACUCAGCAAAUCCACCUUCAGAGGACGGGAAGGCAGAAGCCACUAGUCGACAUGAAGAGAGAGACAAUUAGGUUUCGGCGGCAUAGGAUACAUGCCACAAAACGAAAACCCGACCUCGCUGGAUCUACUGACUUUGCGUGUCCUUUCUUGGUUAAGAACCCCUGGAAGCAUCUAGAUUGUCUGCGGGAAGACGCUUUAAGCACAAUGUUGGAUGUGCGAGACCAUCUUUGGAGGUCACACCGCGUGCCCUACCACUGCCCAGUUUGCAUCCAGACAUUUGUGUCUGCUGCUAGGCGAGAUGAACAUAUCCUCGAACGUGAUUGCAGAUUGAAGGACUAUCCGAAUUUUCAAGGUGUCACACAGGACCAACGGGAUCUCAUUUCACGUACUCAAGAUAUUCCUGGUAGCAAGAAACAAUGGUUCGCGAUAUGGGAUAUUCUGUUUCCGGGAGAGGACCGGCGGCCAAAGUCUGCGUUCGUGAAGAACACGGUUGGUUCUGAGGUAGGUGAUUUCAGGACCUUUUUUAAAGCCAGGGGAUUGGCUUUGAUCGGAAGCUCUGUCGAGGAGCUUUGGGGCGAAUUGGACCACGAAGGAGGGAAUUGUGCAACGGCGCUUCACUCAAUGGUGCUUGGCGAAGCCAUCAAUGCUUUGGUGGAUGGAAUGUUGGGAUCUGUCCCGAGUAUGGACAGCUGUGUAGAUCACUGAUUUUGGUCAAGCAGCAAUGGCUACAACAGGCGGCAAUUUUGAUGUAGUGGGAGUAGAACUAGGUCUACUGUAUACCCAGACUUCUGAGGUACAUAUAGGCUGUGGUCUAGGUGUCAUUGUGAGCGACGCACCUGAGAUGGCCAAGAUGGAAACCUGUUGCCCAAGAUUAUCAAAGAGUAGGGCGGGGCCCUUUGUUGCACGGGAGACUUUCAAGCGGCCAAAGGAAUCCGCCUUCGGCGAAAAUCUGUUUCUUUUGCUCGUUAGAUGUGCUGAAGGAAAUCGUCGCAUCAUAUUGAUAUAUUCAUACACGCAGUUUUUCAUAGUGAAAGGCCGGUCUACUACUGCAAACUACUUUAUGUUUAUCGGGAAGACGCCAUCUGAACUCGACACACGUUCAGAAACUUGAAAUA